AUGAAUUUAACAUGGCCUGACUAUAUAGAAUCCAACUGCCGUCAAAACUAUUCAUUUUUCUGCACAACUGACUAUCUCCGUAAUGCAUAUCACUGUACUGCUCUUAUUUCUGUCACUCUAUCCUUGUUCACUUUUUAUGCAAUCAUCCGAGUAACACCUCCAAGAUUGAAAAAUAUGAAAACUCCUCUAUUGAUAACUCAUGCGUGGAGCACAAAUCUCGACCUGAUGCUCACUGUGUAUUCAGCUCCAAUGGUCUUCUUUCCGAGUGCAUCUGGAAUUCCACUAGGCAUCUUUGGAUCCUUGGGGAUUCCAGUGAAAUGGCAAGCCUAUUGGGGACAAGUCUCCAUUUUCUCCUACAAUAACAAUUCGAUGCUUCUGAUGGCCUUUCAUGGAAUUCUCUCAACCACUUGCACAUUGUUGAUCUACCAACCAUAUCGAGAUCUCAUCAAACAUAUUAUUUUUGGAAAAAAAGAAGACGAAGACAGGAGAACAUCUAUGGCAACCGCGAGUUAUAUUGGCAAAGGGAGACGAUCGACUGGAACAAGAAUCGUACCGCCGGUGGAGACUUCAAUCUAA